AUGUCUGGACCUUCACCGCCAAUGCACCCUCUUUCUUUGCCAUGUCACUUUGUCGGUGCGUCUUCCUCCCCCGGCGGCCUACGUUGUGUUUGUCCCGCCUACGAUCACCAGAAUGGCCUAUCUGCGUUUGUCCUUGCAACCCUCCAACCAGCGUCUAACAGUACCUCUUGCCAAAAUUGCGGACAUCCUCACUCCUACCACUAUCCUGAAGCCCCUUCCGAUCUACCUAUUCCUCCUCCCAUUCACACCAUCCCGCAAUCUGCGGUGCCUUUUCCGUCAGGCCCGCCGUCCGAUCACAACCUCCUCGCAAACCUUAUCAGCGUCAUGGCGCCUACUGGGUCAAGUCCAUAUAGUGCCCAACACGCUCUCCGCCGGGUGCAAGCAAACCACGCUGAACGGACUGCCAUCAAUGAUCAGACUUCGCCACCUCAUCCGUACCAUAUUGCCCUUGCAUCUCGCUCCCAAAGUAUGCGGCUUCGUACUAACCCCACACUCGAGCAACAGCACCUCCGCCGUCAUCCGAUCCGUUCUCGCCAUGUCCUUCCCCCAGAUGUCCCACGCACCAUAGAAUUUCUUGUAAUUCUCCGUGUGUAUUCUGCAUAUCCCACCCCUAACGACCAGAUCCAAGGUCGAACGAACAUUCGUUUUGUUACUGCACAUAUACCCUUUCUCGAGGCGCACAAUGCGGCUGGUCUUGUGCGUCUGCUUGCCCUGCCUUCUACCAUGCGACUGCCGGAUCUUGUAACUGCCAUUAUUCGCCUUUUCCCUGCAGUCAUCAUCUCCCAGCAGGCUUCCGACUCACUUCGUCUCAUACCAGAAGAAGCCCGCCCUUUCGCUCCUCUUCGCGCUGUCCGCAAUUCUCUUCAACCCUGGACCGGUCUCGCCAACCUCACACUUCAUGAUAUCGUCAAGGAAUCGAAGAAGUGCGUCAAACUGCAGCGCAAGAGGCUUUCUCUGCCCAUCGCGAUUGAAUUUGCACCUACUUACGAUCCCCUCGGCUCCGUUCAUUCUUCCUUAUUUCCCUCGGCUUUCAUGAAUCAAUUUCGCUGCGAUACUCUGAAUGCUGGGACCGGGGUGGAAAAACUGCCGCUGGAUCUUGAACAACUCCGUUUCCUUACCGCUCAGCUUUAUUUAUCUUCCGCUUCCCCCUCCUCUAUGCCCGACCAAGUGUCCCACCAACAAUCGGUCACUUUCCCGGCAUCCUUAGCUCCGGGUAAUUCCCUCCGAAACAACCCCCCCCCAGUCUGCGUUUCCCAACCCAUCUUACCCGUACCCGCCAUGGGGCCUUCCUUGACCGUUUCCAGAUCGUUCUCGCCCGCAUCUUCUUCAAACCUCAGUGAAGCCAUUUACCAACCAACGUGCCUUCCCCCUGUCUCUCAUCGUCGGAAUAUCGCCAUUGGAUCUCCUCCCCACCGCCGUACUCCCGUUGACCCAUCUUCGCGCACGUUUCGUUCCAGCCCACACAUCGCACUCCCACACUUCUCCCCUCCACCCUCUUCCUCCCCAAUCUCGACCUCCUUUCUCGGCAACUCCCCACCAAUGAACGUAUGUCCAGGGGUAAUUCUAAACACUUCUGCCGAUUCAUCCCAUAACACUCUCAUAAAUCUUCUUCCAUCCGAACUCUCCACUUCCACCCCCUCUCUCCCUCUAUCGUCAUAUACCCCUGGUACGCAGUCGUCCCGUCUCGACCUUCCCGCUUCGACUUCCCUUUUCUCCACCUUGCAGCCUAAACAGCCUCCUCCCGACGUUUUGACAACUGAUUUGCGGGCGGUGCGAUGGAGAUGGGGCCUGCCUAGUGUUCCCGUACUGCUUUCGGUAUCUGAUGAGAAGAAUGGCGAUCACACGAAACAAGCAUGGUACCUUGAGGCCCUCAUGGUAACCAAAGUGUGUGAAGGAGAUCUAUGUAUCAAACUAAUGGACGACACGAGUAGGACCAGAACAUGGUGCUGCGUGGUUAUUUGUGUCAACGGAGGCGUCAUGAAGACAAAAACCCAGCAGUGAAAGGGGGAAGAGGUGCGAGACGUCGAGGGGAAGGCUGGGUGAGACGUAGGAGGAGGGGAAUGAGAGGGACGGGUGUGGGAGGGACGGCUAGAGGUUGCACAGAUAACGUUGUAUCUCCGUCGGCUGAUCACAUAUUAUCAGUGUUUG